CUAAACAGUCAUUCAAGAUGAAGUUGUUGCUUUUACUUGUGCUAAUGGGAACCGCAACUGCAAAGGUCCAAGAUCUUUCCGGAAAAAUGUUCACCUUCCCCCAGCCAACAAACUCAGCUCAUGUGAGGAUGAGUCUAGCAAAUCAUUGUUACCAAGCUGUAACUGUCUGUCACAGAUCUGUGACAGACCUUAAAAGAUUCCACGCCCUCUUUUCUGUAUCCACACCCUCUCACGACAACAGCUUCGUGGUUUUCUGGUCAGGUGGAGCCCAAGAUGUACAGACCACUGUCAAAACUACAGCGAUUGGUUAUGGAGGAUGCGACUACAAGUCAAACAAGUGGCACUCCAUCUGCACCACAUGGGACUCUGUGACUGGACUCGGACAAAUGUGGUUUGAUGGGGUACCUUCAAUCAGGAAAUUUAUAAGGUCUGGAGAAGCCAUCACUGGGCAAGCUAUAGUUAUUUUAGGACAGGAACAAGACAAACAUGGUGGAGGGUUUGACAUUAACCAGAGCUUUGUUGGCAUGAUGUCAGAUGUCCACAUGUGGGACUACAUCCUAUCACCGUGUGAGAUCCAGAACUACAUGGAAAACCUGCACUUCACUCCAGGAAAUGUGCUGAACUGGAACGCGCUGGACUUUGAUAUUUCUGGCCAUGUCCUGAUUGAAAAUAAAACUGUGGUUUGUCAACUUAAAAAUAUUUAAGUUGGUGCAUAAUCU